GUGGAGACGAUUGGCGACGCCUACAUGGUGGUGUCGGGGUUGCUGGUGAGGAAGGGGAACUUGCACGGGAGGGAAAUCGCCCGCAUGGCGCUCGCCCUGCUGCACGCCGUGCGAACAUUCAAGAUCUGCCACCGGCCCGAGCAGCAGCUGGAGCUGAGGAUAGGAGUUCACAGCGGGCCGGUGUGUGCGGGGGUGGUGGGUCUGAAGAUGCCACGCUACUGUUUGUUCGGAGACACCGUCAACACGUCGUCACGCAUGGAGUCCAGCGGGGAAGCACUGAAGAUCCACGUGUCGGCGGCGACUCACGACAUCUUGCAGGAGUUUAACUGCUUCCAGCUGGAGAGGAGAAGAGAGAUCGACGUGAAGGGCAAAGGGAAGAUGACCACCUAUUGGCUCCUGGGCGAGAGCAACAGCCAAUGAAAAGACAGCUUCCAGGGGACAGAGAGGAGGGGACAGUGGGACUCCAACAAACUAGAGAGUAGGGCGCGCUGACAGAGGAGACCCUUCU